GAACCAUCUCGAAUAUUGAGUAGAAUACCUACUGGUGGUGGUGUUUUGUAAAUAUGAAUUCAAAUACAAUUAACUAAAAAUUAGUUUCCAAAACAUACAGAUCUAAUUAACUAAUUUUUAUUUUGCAUUUAUUGAUGAUUUUUUUUUUGUGAUUUUUUGUGAUUUUAUGUGUAUUUGUAUUGUCAAAACAAAAUGGUGAAAACUAUUGCCAUACAUGUAACAACAAUUUCGCUAGAUCCACAACCUUCAACAUUACGCAGAAAUAUUGACAAUAUACAUAGAACACUUGGAACUUGUUCAGAGUGCAAUAAAAUAUUUCUGGACCUUAAGUCUCUUAACCAGCAUAUUCGAACUGAGCAUAAUCAAACUGACGAUUCAUUGAGGGAGUAUUGCAAGCUAUGUGAUGGUAAAUUUAGUAAUAAAGGCAAUUUAAUCAAACAUAUGCGCCAAGUUCAUCCGGCUGAAAACGAUUAUAAAAGCCUUGCAUCGUUGAAAUGCCCUUUAUGUGAGUCAACAUUUAAUGCUACAUCAAAGCUUCAUGAGCGCAUAAGAAUAGACCACGGUGUACACUUGGAGGUUAUGUCUAAAGUCUUUGAAUCUGUAGACGAAUUUAAAAAAUGGAAAAGUAAAACUGAAAAAAAAGAUCUAGCUUUUUUUACCAUUCAUAGAGUAAAUGGAAAUAGAUCGUACUAUGGAUGUCAUAGAUCAGGAUCAUCCCGAUUGACAGGCACGGGCAAAAGACUGAAAUGGUCACAUUCCAGUAAAAUUGGUUCAAGAUGUCCUGCUCGAAUAGUUGUAACAAAUAUUGAAGGCCGCAUUACAGUAGAUUAUUGCAAGACACAUGUGGGCCAUUCAAAGUCUAUUACAUUUUUACGUUUGACUAAAGAGGAAAGUGAUCAACUGGCUGGAAAAAUAAAAAUUGGAGUGACUUUUGAUCGAAUUCUAGAUGACAUCCGUGAAUCAGUAGUGUCAAAUGAGAAUAUUCACCGCCUGCAUAUUGUCGAUAAACGAGAUUUAUAUAAUAUUGUUAGAGACUAUGAAUUGGAUAGGGAUGUAGUACAUAAGAAUAAUGCAUUCAGCAUUGAGAUGUGGGUUCAAGAACAGCUGGCCCUCGGAGAGAACUCACCUGUUCUAUAUUUUAAAAUGCAAGGAUGCGAAAAAAAUGGUGACCUCAUGAAAAAUGAUUUUAUGAUUGUAUUAAUGACAAAAUAUCAGCAAGAUGUAUUAUCAAAAUAUGCUAUUGACAAAGUUUGUAUAGACAGCACUCAUGGGACUACAGAACAUGACUUCCAACUCACUACAAUGCUUACCAUUGAUGAAUUUGGAGCUGGAUGUCCAGUGGCUUUCUGUAUCAGCAACAGAAUUGAUUGUGUAGCUAUUUCUCAGUUUUUUAAAUCUGUAAAGGGAAAAAUGGGUCUUAUUCCUGCCAAAAUAUUGAUGUCUGAUGAUGCUCCGACAUAUAUCAACUCCUGGACAAAGAUAAUGGGCAAGCCUCAACACCAUUUAAUUUGCAACUGGCAUAUUGAUAGAAGCUGGAGAAACAACCUAAAUAAAAUACCAGACCCAAUGAAGCAGUCUGAAGUAAAUAAAGCUUGCCGCACACUCAUGGAAAUUUUGGAUAUUGAAAAAUUUCACGAGUCUUUAGAAAGUUUUCUGGCAAUGUGUAAUGAUGAUAUUGACACUCAUAAUUUUGGCGCUUUCUUCGAAAAACACUAUGCUCAUCGACCUGAGCAGUGGGCAUUUUGCUAUCGAAAAUAUCUCGCCUUAAAUACAAAUAUGUUUUUAGAAGCCAUGCACAAAAAACUUUAAUAUUGUUAUAUGCAUGGAAACCAGAACAGGAGAGUCGAUAAAUGUAUUAGCUUUCUAAUGCGGUUUUCAAGAGAUAUGAUGUUUGAACGAAUCAUUCGCAUGGCAAAAAAUAAACCUACAUUCCGAAUGGAGCAAAUUGCCACAGUCAUCAUCGAAGCACCAACAUUGAAGACAGCAAGAUAAAAAUAAUUGACGAGAAAAAAUGGCUUGGUCAUCUUCUGGGCCAAAAUUAUACUCUGUGUCGAUUAAUGACCAAAUAAGUUGUAUGGGCUGCCCUGUCAUGCCCUGAAUGAAAAGUAUGUGUUCAUUAUUACACAUGUACAUGCAUCGAUUUUAAAAUUAAGGGGAACUUUUGCAAGUGUUCGAUCGCGGAACGAUAUAAUAUAUAUAAUCUCCUCGGAACACCCCAGGUGUGGAAAAAA